GUACGAUAUGUGUGAUCGAUCGUGAACCUAGGGAUAGUUUUUCAAAAAAGGAUCGUGAAAGUUUAAAAGAAUUUGCUAAAGUUGUCGUGAGAGAAUUAGAAUUAUGAUCUAAUAGUACUUUACGUUUACGUGUAAGAAAUAAGAUGCAAGAGACUGAAGAGAGUAUAGCUGAAUUUAGCAAAUUCUGUUUGGAAAUUCAAUUAGCUAAUAAUUCUAAUAACGAUGAAAAUAAGGCUCAUUCACAAGAUGAAGAACGUGUUUAUUUGAGCAAUUUUGGUGUAAAUGUUGUUAAAAGAAGGGUUAUCGUUGCCGAUGGAGCAAAAGGUGCAUUCAUUUCUAUAUCUCAUGAAUUAAGAAAUCCUCUUUAUGGUAUUUUAGCAAGUUGUGAAUUAAUGGAAGAAAGCAAAUUAAAUGAAGCUCAAGCUGGAUUGGUUGAAACAAUACAAGGUUGUGGAACUUCUUUAAUAAAAGUAUCUGAAGUUUGUUUUGUGAGUCAACAGAUGGUUACAACUAUAUAUAAUGAUAAUAAUAAAAUAACCAAUUCUAUGAAUAAAAACAAUGAUGAGGAAAAUUUAUUAAUGGGGAAUACUGUAAUAAUACUGCAUGCUCGUUGGUGGGUUAUGGCUGAAGAUGGUGCAUUAAAACAAUUAUUAAUGAAUAUUAUCGAGAAUUCCAUGAAAUUUACGAAGAAAGGAUAUGUCUUAAUUUCAUUAGCAUCAUUAUCGUAUUCAUUAUUAAGUGAUCAAUAUAAGAAACAUGCUGGAGUACAAGAUACAACAACAACGGAUACAUCAUCAUCAAAUAAUAUUCACGCGUUAAUAACAAUAACUGAUACAGAAUGUGGCAUAUCACCAUCAUUUUUAUCAACAAAGAUGUUUCGACCAUUAUCUCAAGAAAAUACUUUACAGGUUGAUCCUGAUCAAGCUAAUGAAGAAAUUAGUAGAGAUAUUAAAAAUGAUGAUUUAGGAAAUUUUAAUUCUUUGGAUUCUUUUAAUGAAAAUGAUAAUUUAAUUAAAGAUUUUGAAGAAAAACAACGAAAAAUUCUUCUUAGUAUUAUUCUUAAAGAAGUGAAACAAAAAAGAGUUGUGGUUAAAUGUGUUGAUGGUAAAUUAAAAGAAAUUGUUGAAAGUAAUUUAAUUUAAUUUUAAAUCCUUUUUCCAUUUAAAAAUGUAAAAUAAAUAUAUGUUGGGUUAGUGAGAGCGCUAUAUCACCGGGAUGCGAUCGUAAAGAUAUACAGUAUAUCAUGUUAGAAUAAAUUUGCAACAAUUCAUUCAUAUUAACGAUCAACAUGACUUUAAUGAAUUUUUUUUUUAUAUAUCCUUAAAU